UAUGUAAUAUGUUAAGAUAACAAGAACACAACAAAUAGAUACGAGCGCUAAGAUCCUCCCCUCACAAUGUUUCGUCGUCAAUUCGGAGAUGUAAUCCGCUGUACGCGACAUAGAACGGUGUUGUUUAGGUCACACCAACUGGUGGCACAAACCCAAACCUGCCAUGCGAGUCGAUUGAGUCCUUUGCCGGAAUAUCAAGAGCGUGUCAGAGCGGGCAAAUUGAUGCCCGACAAUAAACAACUGGAGACCAUGAAGGAACUAGAUGCCCUGUACCACAGGAUUCAAGGCUACAGACCGAGAACCCAAAGCGGGGGCAGCAGUGGCGGAUUCUUCAGCUCCAUCUUUGGGCGGAGAAGAACCGACGAUGAUGACGCGGCAGAUGACUUAAACGCAGGCAGCCAUGCCCCAAUGGGCCUGUACCUCUAUGGCAGUGUGGGGGUGGGGAAAACAACCUUAAUGGACCUGUUCUACGACUGCUGCACUCAGAUCCCUCGCAAGCAACGUGUUCACUUUACUGCCUUCAUGAACAGUGUGCAUGGCCGCAUUCACGAGGCAAAGGAGCGGCAAGGACCCGUCGAUCGGGCAUUCAAUUCGGAGAAACCAGCUCCUUUUGAUCCAACGAAACCCGUGGCAGACAUCAUAGCCCGCGAGUCCUGGCUGAUUUGCUUCGAUGAGUUUCAGGUGACCGAUAUAGCCGACGCCAUGGUCCUAAAGCGACUCUUUACACAUCUCUUCAGAAAAGGCAUUGUUAUAAUUGCCACCAGCAAUCGGCAUCCCGAAGAUCUGUAUAAAAACGGAUUGCAGCGGACCAACUUUCUCCCGUUCAUAGCCCUGCUCCAAAGGCGCUGCCAGCUGGCCAAACUGGACUCCAUCGAUUAUCGACGCAUUGCCCAGUCCGGCGACACCAACUACUUCGUCAAGGGCCAGAGCGAUGCGGAGGGCAGUAUGAAUCGGAUGUUUAAGAUACUUUGCGCCGAAGAGAACGACAUCAUUAGGCCGCGCACCAUCACCCACUUUGGAAGAGAUCUUACAUUCGUUCGCACGUGUGGCCAGGUCUUGGACAGCAGUUUUGAAGAGCUCUGCAAUCGCCCUCUGGCAGGUAGCGACUACUUGCAGAUAUCUCAGUUUUUUCACACCGUCCUCAUCAGAGAUGUGCCCUCGCUGAACCUAAAUAUUAAGUCACAAAUGCGGCGAUUUAUAACGCUGAUAGAUACGCUCUACGACAACCGAGUGCGCGUGGUAAUAUCAGCCGACUAUCCGCUGGACAAUCUAUUCCAGGUCACCGAUCCCGCUGACAUUUCAGAUACGGAUCGCAUUCUAAUGGACGACUUGAAAAUCAAACAUGGCACGCACGAAUCGAAGUCCAGUGUGUUCACCGGGGAAGAGGAGCUGUUCGCCUUCGAGCGUACGAUUUCCAGGCUCUACGAGAUGCAGAAACGUGAAUACUGGGAGCAGUGGGCAAAGCAUCGCUGAUACCCCCAGACAGACCUCAAACCACAAAAGCAAUAGUUUCAUUAGUGCAAAUAAAUUCAUCGUAUACCUCGUGUCGGAGUACACUAAAGUUUUCGUUGUAGUUUCACACUAGAAACACAAGCAUAGAAAUAGAUAUGGUUGACUUGUCAAAAGUAUUAAAGCAAUUUAGAAACAAA